AUGUACCGCAUGCGCCGCAUGGAGAUGGAGGCCGACUCCCUGUACACGCGCCAGCUGGUCCGCGGCUUCUGCCAUUUGUACAAUGGCCAGGAGGCUGUGGCCGUCGGAAUGGAGGCCGCCGUUACGUAUGAUGACUGCCUCAUUACCGCAUACCGCAACCAUUGUCAGCAACUCGCGAGGGGGGAUACGGUCGAGAGCAUUUUAUCGGAGCUUACGGGGAAAUACUCGGGCUGCUCAAAGGGGAAGGGCGGCUCCAUGCACUUAUACAAGCCCCAGAACAAUUACUACGGGGGAAAUGGCAUUGUCGGCGCCCAGGGGCCCUUGGGAGCGGGCCUAGCGUUUGCGCAAAAGUACAACAACACUGGCAACGUCGCCAUUACCAUGUUUGGAGACGGUGCAGCGAAUCAGGGGCAAAUCUUUGAGGUGAUCAACAUGGCGGCUUUAUGGAAGUUGCCGGCUAUUUUUGUGUGUGAGAAUAAUCGAUAUGGCAUGGGCACGUCUACGAAGAGGGCGUCCGCAUCGGAGGAGUAUUAUACCAGAGGCGAUUAUAUUCCGGGUAUCCGAAUUGACGGCAUGGAUGUGCUUGCUGUGCGAGAGGGCAUGAAGUUUGCUGCUGAUCACGCUCGUGAGAAUGGGCCGAUCUAUGUUGAGAUGGAUACCUACCGUUAUAAGGGACAUAGUAUCUCGGAUCAAGGUUUGGGCUAUCGAUCCGUCGAUGAAAUUAACGUGGUCAAAACGAGCCGGGAUCCUAUUGAUCGUGUCAAGCUCCGCUUGAUUGAGAAUGGCUGGGCUACAGCAGCGGAGCUCAAGGCCGAAGAGAAGAAGAUCCGCAAGGAAGUCGAUGCCGCCGUUGUGGUGGCCGAGACCGCCGAGCAGCCGCCGCAAUCGGAAUUGUUCGCUGAUAUCCACUCUGGUGAACAGGGAUAUGUCCGCGGCACGCUUAUCUCGAACGGGAACACAAGUCAAUCGGCGUAA